UAGAUGUCAACUUCUGUCAGAACUCAGCAGUCAGAUUUGUGAUUAGUGAUUUACCAGAGCAACCAAUUCCGGGAAAUUUAAGUAAACAAAUCUUAUGUCACCUUAACAUCUGCUCUAAACUGUAUAAUUAAUAAGGAGACUUUAAAAAAUAGGAUGAAUAGCACUAAUGCAGUAUAGUAUAACAUCAAAUAUAUCUAAGUUUAAGCUUACUAAUUCAAGAUAACCUUAACCUGGAACUUUGAGAUCCACACAAAACUGAUUUGUGAUACAAGGUCGAACCUUGUGUGUAAAUAGGUGUAAUAAUGCAGCAUAUUAUUCAAGCCAGUCCAUUAAUGGACAAAAUAAAACAAUUUCAACAGACAUUAUCAUUCAGAAUACAACUUACCACUUCACAAAAGGUGAUUUUGUGGAGUAUUGGGGUAGUUGGUACAAGUGCAGUUGUGGUUGGGGUAUUAUCAAGAUAUUUAGCUCGGAAAAGAGCCAAGCCAAUCUUCAAUCCCAGAAUCCAAAGGGCUAUUAACAAAAGAUUAUCAAGGAUGCGAAGUCCUAAUGGAGGUAUGGGGUCAGUCGCUAGCAGUGGUGGUAGAAGUAGCCCUUUGGGCUUUAGUGAGCGGUUGUCCAUGGCUUCAGGUUCAAUUGGUUCUGGAGGGGGCGAUGCUGCCCCAUUAUCUCCUCAGCAACUUGGUGUUAUGGGUAUGGAAGCCCUAGAAACAAGUAUUAACUAUUGGGAAGAUGCGCUGGCAGCGUUUUCAGUAAACGCGCGUGGCGGAGGUGCUGGCACUUUGGCCCUCACGUCGCCAGAAGAAGCUGAAUUUUGCAGGGAGAUACAAGAUUUGCUGCAAAACGCAUAUUUACUGCAGGAGCGUUGCGAACUUCUAUUCCUCGACCAACGGUCUGUGUUAUUCCGUUCCGAGAGCGGGGGUGGCGAAGGUUCAGGCCGCGCGAGGUUAUUAUCUCACACCCAUACAGUCUCAGAUCAUACUAGAAAAGAACAUCACUCUAGCGCUGAGUCGUUUGCGUCAGCAGAGGAUCAGGUGGCUGACCUCAGAGACUUCGACGAUUUAGCGGACUCACUACCAGAAAUCGAGAGCUUAGAACUUUAUCAAAUGGCUCUUAAACAGCUAGAAACAGGCAUUCCAUACAGGACACUCCGUACAGAAGUUCUCCAAUGUAAUACGGAUUCAGAGUUUCUUUGCAAAUUGCAUUGUCUUCGUGUGGCCCUCCGGUCUGUAUUUCGUGAAGCAGCGUCUUGGGCGUGGUUCGUCGACGCUGGGAGACAGGUGCUGACGGAUCUCCUGCUUUUUGCUGACAAGGAACCAAAAGAGUUCCUAAUUGCAUACGAAGAGAUGGUGACGUGGACCACGGAUGCUGCUAACUGGCCAAUUAUUGAGAGUGAACUUACCAGUAAAGGUGUUAAGGUGUUAACAUUCUACGACGUGGUGCUGGAUUUUAUUCUCCUCGAUGCAUUUGAAGACCUGGCUUCGCCGCCAGCCUCUGUUCUAGCAGUCGUAAGAAAUCGGUGGCUUUCGGAUGGUUUCAAAGAAACGGCACUCACAACAGCUGUAUGGUCCGUCAUAAAGGCUAAGCGCCGAUACUUACAAUACCCCGACGGUUUCAUGGCCCACUUUUAUUCCAUAUCGGAACAUCUUUUACCGGUCUUAGUUUGGGGUUUUCUCGGCCCAAGAGAGCGGUUGAGGGACGUUUGCGAAUCAUUUCAGUCAGAGAUAGUAGGGUUUAUUUCAGAUCUAUUCAGUUUCCAAAAGUCUAGAUACACUAAUGUCGAAGACCUAGCGGCAGACAUAAUGCAACACGCUAGAACCAGGGCUGUUAAUAUAACUGAUAAAUUGUCUGAGAGGAUUUAAGUGUCGCAGAAAUAAUUGUCAAGAGUUACUCUAACGAAGACAACUAUUUCAUUGAUGCUUAUGUAUUUGGACUUUCGCAUGUGAAGGUCUUUUAAAAAUUAGACUUCGGCGCAGGCGCCUAUAAUCAUGACUUUAUUCCUGAACGUAACUAUGCCUCAAAUCUAUUAAAUGUUUUGUCCUUAUCUCUCUAGCUCUACUCGCAUUUGCCAAACAAAUAACUAUUUUAGGAUUAUAGUAACGUUUAUGAAUAAUUAUUUCAUUAAUUUUUAACACCAGAACAUUACUAGGCCUUAUACGUCCAAAUGCUAAAACAUCAUUUAAAUAUGCACCUUACUAUAAAACAUGUUUAGUCAGCUCUUAGGGCCGAUUUACAUUAUCUUAGUGUUUAGGAGAGUGCUUUAGUACAACUUGAAAGGCAAGUUCUUUAGCGUAGCGUUUACAUGUUUCAACUAAAGUACUAUCCUAAAGCACUCUCCUAAACACUAAGAUAAUGUAAAUCGGCCUUUAAAUUGGAUUGACUUGUGUAUAUUACUGCGAAUUUUAAACCUAUAUACACAAGCUUGACGAUUAUUAAAUCGUUUUAAUUUCGUUUAUGAAAUUAUUUCAGUCACACUUAUAAAAGUUUGAACUUUUCGAAUACCUUAUGGUCUCAAAUGUAUCCAAGGAAAUAUAUGCAUUUAAUAUUAUAAGUAAUUAAAUGAUAAUAUUGGAAAACUAAUGUAAAUCAUGGUAGCUUCGUUAAAUAUGUCACAAUUUAAUUUUUCUGUCUUAUUUGGAAACAUAAUAUGAUUUUGUAUGAAUAUGCAUCCUCACAUAGGCAGGAUUCGUACGUGAGGAUGUACAUUCUAACAUAGUAUUUUAUUAUUACUCUCCCGUAAACCUCAACUUUACAACACAUUUUUAUUCUUUGUAUGUUUGUGAAUAAGACUAGAUUUGUGCCAUAGUUAACUAGAAAAUAUUUUUUUAAGUUGUACAGCAUUUGAUUUGUAUAUAGGCAUUUUAUUUAUCGCAUUAUUAAGGUCAGGUUUUGUAAAUUAUUUUUAAUUAUGACAUUAUCCAAUAAACAUUAAUUUUAGG